AUCCUCCUUUCUCCUGAUGUGCCCUACCAGAACCUGGCGAGCUUCGUGAAGGACUCCCAGGGGUUGCACAGGACUAGCCCUGGGCACUACGAACGCCUGGCUUCCCUCCUCCUCCUGCAGGUCUGCCUGGGGCUGGAGCACCUCCAGGAGCAGAACAUGGGGCGGGGGGAUCUCUGCCCCAAGAACCUGCUGCUGGUGCAGUGCCCACGUCCUCCUCGGAGCCAGCAAGGCAAGGAGGCAUCCCCGGGGCUGUCCCUUCCAAGGGUGCUCAUCAGCAGCUCCUUCAAGGUUAAAGACAAGCCAAGACCUUGUUCUACCAGCCAAGAGCAGGACUGGCCCGAGGGAGGUGCUGCACCCCCCUCCCUGGUGGCAGAUGAGCUGAAUGUAGGCAUGCUGAUCUAUCACAUCUUGCACGUGGACAUCUCUCUGGAGAACACCUUGGGGUUUAGAAGCAACAGAUUUCCCGAAAUCCCCUCCCUGUCCAUCUAUUCCACGGGGCUGAAGCGUUUGGCCACGCUGCUUCUCCACAGAGAUCCCUGCCAGAGGGUCUCCAUCCAGCAGGCAAGGAGCAUCCUGCAGGUCCUGCUCUGGGGACCUCGGCAGGAGCUCUUUGCCAGGAGGAAGAAGACCCUGCCCCUGCUCCGGGGCUGGCUGGAGCUCAAGAGGGCUCUGCUGCUCCUGAGGUUUGCAGAGCACUCGGCUGGGGCAGGGUGGAGCCCUGGACUCGAGGACUGGCUGUGCUGCCAGUACUUCCAGGAGGUCACCGAACACACCCUCUGCCAAGUCACCCAAGCUCUCUACUCUCUCUAG